AUGUCUUUACCAGGCUUGGAGCUCUCUCAGCCCACAGUCGAAGCCCAGAGAGCUCCCGCAGCUCCAGUACAGCAUAUCCUUUCCAAGGACUCAGAAUGGAGAUUUGAAGUCGCAUUUGGAAACUCGGUUAAAGUGAAGCUAUUGUCCGGUACUGCAGAGUUAUUCGGAACAGAGCUAGCCCUGUCCCAGACAUAUACAUUCUCCGGAACAAAAGCUGCCAUAUACACCUGGCAUGGAUGCACACUGGAGGUCACAGAAGGGGAAUCCGUUGCCACCGGGGUGGUUGGGAGCGCUCCUGUUCCCCCGGGAUCUGGCAGCGGAGGCUGUCAAGUGGAAUACACCGCCGAAGAGACGCCGAUGAUAGACUAUACAAUGCGGGAUGAAGCCAAGGCGCAGGGCCGAGGUGGUCCUCGGGUGCUAAUAGUAGGGCCCGAGGAUGCGGGAAAAACAAGCUUAGCGAAGAUAUUAACGGGUUAUGCGACGAAGAUGGGCCGUCAACCGUUUGUGAUUAACCUUGAUCCAUCAGAGGGAAUGUUGAGUGUUCCUGGUACUUUGACGGCAACAGCAUUCCGGACACUGAUUGACGUUGAACAGGGAUGGGGAAGUAGUCCACUGUCUGGACCGACACCCAUACCUGUGAAACUGCCGCUAGUAUACUUCUAUGGUUUGCAAAGUCCCUUAAAUGGGGGAGAAGAGCUAUACAAAUCUAUAGUCUCAAGAUUAGCCCUGACUGUUGCGGGUCGGUUGGCUGAAGAUGAAGAGGCAAAAGAGGCAGGAAUCAUUGUUGAUACCCCUGGAGAAAUCAGUCAAGGCAAAGGAGGUGGAGAGGAUAUCAUUAACCAUAUUGUUACUGAGUUUUCCAUUUCAACGAUUCUCGUACUGGGAUCAGAACGUCUUUAUAGCACGAUGGUUAAGAACUAUGAUGGAAAACCAACCUCUACAGCCUCUACAGCGCCCACGUCUGAUGAGAAGAUAUCCGUCGUGAAGCUUUCGAAAUCAGGAGGUUGUGUUGACCGUGAUGAAUUUUUCAUGAAAUCUACCCGCGAAUCUCAAGUUCGAUCUUAUUUUUUCGGGACAUCUGCACCCUCAACCGCAUCAUCGGCUCUUUCGUCAUCUACAGCCCCGGGAUCAGUCAUAUCCCUCUCUCCCCACGGGCAGCAUGUCGACUUUGACAGCUUAUCUAUCUAUAGCAUCACAAUCAACAAUGAUGAAUAUGAUGGCAUGAAACAGAUAACGAAUUCUACAAGCGAGUUUUCUUUCCUGCCCGGUGGCAGCAAUGAUAAUGGUGAAGACGAGAUCCCUUCUACGUCUACUGCCUUAACGUCUGGUCCUUCAUCCACUGGCCUCCCUUUCCAACAAAUACCUCUUAAAAAGCUAGUUCCUUCUUCCGAUUCCCCAGUUCCACAAGCGCUGGAAAACACUCUAUUAGCAAUUACACAUGCUCCUCCAAACGCCCCUUUGAAUGAAAUCCGAGAUGCUAGUAUCAUGGGAUUUCUUUAUGUUGCCGGUGUAGAUUCUAAGAAAGCCAAACUCAGGCUAUUAUCACCUGUGGCAGGGAGAGUGCCCGCGAGAGCGAUAAUAUGGGGGAAUAAAUGGCCUGGGGAAGUACUUGGAUUGGUUGGAUAA